CUGAUCUACUCUGGUUACAGUUGCACUCAAGGUUGGUUCUUCACACCUUGCUCCAGCACUCCAAGUUUAAGGGGCCUAAAGAACAUUUUAAGGAUGCAUGUGAAAAAGGUCAAUUGCUCAGAAUGGGAGCAGAUUCCAGUCCCCUCAAGUGUAAGGGCAAUUGUGGCUUUAAAUCUUCAUAACUAUGGAAGUGGAAGAAAUCCUUGGGGUAAUUUGAAGCCGGAGUAUUUGGAUAAGAGAGGCUUUGUUGAGGCUCAUGCUGAUGACGGCCUACUAGAAAUAUUUGGUUUAAAGCAAGGAUGGCACGCAUCAUUUGUUAUGGUUGAGCUCAUCUCUGCCAAACACAUUGCUCAGGCUGCAGCUAUUCGAUUGGAAAUUAGAGGUGGAGAGUGGACAGAUGCAUAUCUGCAGAUGGAUGGGGAACCAUGGAAACAGCCACUGAGCAAGGACUAUUCAACGUUUGUGGAAAUUAAAAAGGUUCCUUUUCAAUCAGUUAUGGUUACUGGAGAGUGAUAUCAACGUCUAGGAUUUAUGUAAAGCAGGUGUAUUACCUGAUUACUUGUAAAGUACAAUUAUGUGAUUCAGUUACGAUGUAUUUGUUGUAUCAAAUCCAUUAUUAGUCAAAAUCUCAUAUAUAGGUGUUUUUUUUUUUUUUUGUUUUCUUCUUCUUAAGUGUGAAGAGAGUAGCUUACUAUUUAGAAGGGGAGUGGCUGGCUACCAGGUUUAUUGGUGCUUCAAUGAAUAAUUCAGGAUCGGCAAAUAAGUGUUGAGGGGAUUGUUCUCUUGUAUAAUAAUUAUUUAGAACAUGGUGAUUAGUUUACGGCGUUCACUACCUGAAUGUGCUUUGUUGUUUUUUACUCACAUCUUUGAGUUGCAAUGACUCUUUUGAUGGAUUAGAUUGUGGCUCAAUGUGUCUUGGUUCCUGAGCCUUUAGUAUUUUCUUCUUUUAGGGGUGGAGCAUGUUGUUAGGGAUGAUGCCCUAAAGCUCAUUUCAUUUAUAUAAUAUUUUUGGUUUA